AUGUACAGUAAAAAUAUUGUUGAAUUUGUUGACGAUGGUGAACUGAGCGACCCGCUUUCAGGGGAUGACUUGGAGGAAGAUGAUGAAGGAAUAACGGGGAGCGAAAAAUAUUUUCAUCUGAAUGAUACAUGUAGAGCUAUAUGGACAGAUGGCAAUACCUACAAAGGAAAGAUUAUCUUUGAAGCUGAUGCCAAGGAAAAGUGUCAGAAGUUCCUUCUUGAAAAGAAGAAAAAACCUGAAACAAAGAAAAAAUACACGGCAAAAGGGAAUUCUGUUCAGAAUGAAACCAACAAUACAUGUACAAACAAAAGCUUGGCAAAGAAGAAAAAGGAGCAAAAUGAAAUAAAGAAAGCUGCUGAAAAAAGUCAGAGAGAAACAGCCAUAAUGAAUGCGGAGGAGCUGUUUAAAGAAUGCAUGAUGUUACAAAUGUAG